GCCGGGGGAAUAACAAUAAAUAAUGCCCGAGCUGGAGCCGAGGCCGCAGCUGCGGCCCCGGAUCCGGCGUUCCCGGCUGUUGUUGUCCCGUGGCCGUGGCGUGGGCACGGACGUGGGCACGGGAGUGCGGACGUGGCCCGGGCAUCGUCACGGCCAUGGCGCUUCCCACACAAAAUGGUUCCUGGCGCUGAUCCCGCCGGAAAAGCCGCUGAUCCGCCUACAACUCCUUUCCUUCCCGGCAGCUCCGCGCCAGCCUGUGGGGUUUGGGGUGUGGGUCCGGUGCCACCACCCCCUGUGCCACCCUGGGUGUCCCCAAGCCCCUGGGACCCCUUCGGUGCGGCGGUCCGGGAUGGCACCUCGGCCGUGUCCCGCGGCUCCACGGUGGGAGAGCGGCUCCGGGAUUGGGGUCCCUUUCCCAAAUCGGUGUUUGGUCCCCACUGCCAUCCCGGUGCUGGAUCCACCGCCCUCAUCCCAGUUCCUGCGUCCUCAUCCCAGUUCCUGCGUCCUCAUCCCAGCUCCUGCGUCCUCAUCCCUGUCGGCCGAUCCACCAUUCCAAUCCCGGUGCCGCCAUUCCAAUCCCAGUGCCACCGUUCCCAUCCCAGCACCCCCAUUCCCAUCCCGGUGCUGGAUCCACCACCGUCAUCCCAGCUCCUGCGUCCUCAUCCCAGCUCCUGCAUCCUCAUCCCUGCUCCACCGAUCCACCGUUCCAAUCCCAGUGCUGCCAGUCCAACUCUGGUGCCACUGUCCCCAUCCCAGUGCCACCAUUCCCAUCCCAGUGCCGCCAUUCCCAUCCCAGUGCCCCUGUUCCCAUCCUAGCACCACCAUUCCACUCCCAGUGCCACCAUCCCAAUCCCACUGCCCCCAUUCCCAUCCCAACACCCCCAUUCCCAUCCCAGUGUCACCAUUCCAAUCCUGGUGCCACCAUUCCAAUCCCGGUGCCACCAUUCCGACCCCGGUGCUUCCAUUCCAAUCCCAGCAUCCCCAUUCCCAUCCCAAUGCCCCCAUUCCCAUCCCAGCACACCUAUUCCCAUCCCGGUGCCACCAUCCCAAUCCCAGUGUCACCGUUCCCAUCCUAGUGCCACAUUCCUAUCCCGGUGCCACCAUCCCAAUCCCACUGCCCCCAUUCUGAUCCCAGCACCACCAUUCCCAUCCAAGCACCACCAUUCCAAUCUCGCUGCCACCAUUCCCAUCCCAGCACCACCAUUCCCAUCCCAGCACCACCAUUCCCAU